AUGCCUCGACGAAAAAGCACCAGCACUAGUGCAGUGAGUAAUCGGAGAUCUGAGGUAUCAAACAAAAUGAACGACCAUAAGAAAACCCACUCACAUGCUGUAAGGUCUCCUUGUUCUAGUGCAUCAAGCUCAAUCAAAAGAGCUGAUCAAACCAUCAAAGCUUUGAAGACAAAGAGUCUAGAUGAGUUAAUGGAGACUAUGUCGGUGUCGAGCUCACAUUGGGAUACUGAUCUUGAAGAUGAUGACGAGUUGGGACUAAAUAAAGAAACGGAUAAUGAAUUGUACGAGAAAGUGUGUGAAAAGCUUGGCGUGACUCCAGUAUCGCGAUUCAGUAAAACAAUUGGUCAGGAAGAGGUUAAGAUAAGCCAUCGAUAUUUAAAAGAGCUCGGAGCGAAGGCUAUUGCUUCUGUUUUGGUAAAUAACAACACUACAUUGAAGGUACAAAUCGAAUCCAAUGACCUUAGCCCAAGGGGUGGGGUGUAUAUGGGGAAAGUUUUGCAACGAAACUCGACCCUGAUAGAACUGAACCUAGCUAACAAUAACAUCAAUAAAGAAGGGAUUCGAGCGAUUGCAGAAGCGUUAAGUGAAAACACUGUGAUCAAACGACUGGAUUUGUCGGGGAAUGGACUGACUGACAAGGACUCGAAGAUCUUGUCAGAUGCCGUUGAGAACAAUACAUCUUUAAGAUACCUGAAUCUGAGUUAUAACAAACUAGGGGAAAUCUCUGGGCAGCAUUUUGGCUCAGCUUUGAGUUAUAAUAAUGGAUUAGUAGAAUUAAAUCUUAGCUGGAACAAUAUCAGAAGGAAGGGUGCUGAAGCUAUCAAUCAGAGUCUGCGCUAUAACGAUGUGCUGGAAAAACUAGAUCUGUCUUGGAACGGGUUUGAUGACUACGGGACUGGGGAACUUACGGAUUCAUUCAAGCGUAACAAUACCUUAAUUGAGUUAAAUCUCAGUAACAAUAGAUUAAGUGAUAUAGCUGUUAUGAACAUUGGUCAAGGUUUGGAUGGGAAUAGUACGUUGGAAGUGCUUGAUAUGAGUCAUAAUUCAGGCUGGGGAGGAUGUGAAGGAAUCAAGUGUAUAUUACAAUGCAUCCGGAAAAAGCGGUGCGCUUUGCAACACCUAAAAAUCCUCGACAUUCAAAUCAACAAAUCAUGCGAGGAACUUAUUACAGCGUGUUUGAAGCAAGAUGUUGAGUUAAAAAUCGAAUUUGGAUGUAAAAAGAAAGAUAGUUUUGUGUCUAAGAAGAGCGAAGUUAACCCGAUAGAUCUGUUGAAGGAGUAUCUACAUGAACACAAGAUUCAUUCGUCAGAUUUGUUUAAGCAGUUAGAUAUCAAUGGCCAGUUUCGAGACAGUUUAACAAGAGAAGAGUUUGUUGGAGGAAUGAAACGACUUAACGUGAUCAAAGAUCAAUACCUUGAGAAACUGGUAGAAUUGUUGGAUUCUGAUGGCGAUGGGGAGGUUGAUUACAGUGAAUUUGUCAAGCUUUCUUAA